CCCCUCCUUUCAUUUCCCCUUCUUUUUAUUCGUUUUUAUUUUUUACUUUAUUUUCCCCCUCUUUUUCUCUCUCUCUCUUUCUCUCCCUCUUCAGUUUCACUCUUCCCAUGGCUUCUUUCUCUUCCUUUCCUUUCCCUUGACUUGUUCCUCAUGGCUGAUCUGACAUGGGUUUUCGAUUUUAUCAUGUCCACUCGUAAUUUCAAGUGCGGUUUUUCUUUCCCAACUUGUAUCUUUUUUUAAUGGUUCUAGGUUUUGUCUGAAGACUUCAAGUGAGGGUAUUGAAAAUAGGUAUGGUGAAAACGUUGAAACUAGUGGGAAGUUAGAGUUUUUGUUAGGUUUUUAGAUUUUGGUUAUAUUUGUUUUAUGAUUUUAUGAAGGUAUUUGUAAUGUUGGAAUCAUGGUGAAUAGGUAGUAGGGUUUAGUUGGUUCUUUGUGUUUAUUUUUCAAGUUUAGCUAAGGUGAUAUUGUGAAGUGGGAAUGGUGGGCAAAGAGGAUGCUCCUGUUAAUCCUACUCCUAGGGCUCCAUCAUGUCAACUUUCUGGCUCUCGGAAAAUGUUUUGGCGUUCGGCUUCGUGGUCCUCGUCCAGAACCAGUCUUCAAAUUCCUGAAACUGAUAAAGAUAUAGGAGCAGAUACUAAUGUUAACAAUGGUACUAAUGAUGGACAAGCUCGUCGGUAUCCUCCUCCUCCCUUAACCCCACGUUCGCAACAGAAUUCUAAGGCCAGGUUGUGUUUGCCACCUCUGCAGCCGUUGUCGAUUGCACGGAGAAGUUUGGAUGAGUGGCCGAAGGCUGGUUCUGAUGAUCUUGGUGAGUGGCCACAGCCACCCACACCGAGUGGGAACAAGAGUGGUGAGAGGUUGAAGCUUGACUUAUCAUCGAUUCAGUGGAGUAAUGAUAAGAAUGGCGGGCUUAUGAAAAGGGAAAAGAUUGCUUUCUUUGAUAAAGAAUGCUCAAAAGUGGCUGAACAUAUUUAUCUUGGUGGAGAUGCCGUUGCAAAGGAUAGGGAAAUACUAAAACAGAAUGGGAUUACUCAUGUUUUGAACUGUGUGGGAUUUGUUUGUCCUGAGUAUUUCAAGGCCGACUUUGUUUACAGAACUCUGUGGUUGCAAGAUAGUCCAUCCGAGGAUAUUACUAGCAUACUUUAUGAUGUUUUUGAUUAUUUUGAGCAUGUUAGGGAACAGAGUGGAAGAGUUUUUGUUCAUUGUUGCCAGGGGGUAUCAAGGUCCACAUCACUGGUGAUAGCGUAUCUUAUGUGGAGAGAGGGACAGAGUUUUGACGAUGCCUUUCAGUAUGUGAAGGCUGCAAGAGGAAUUGCAGAUCCAAAUAUGGGUUUUGCUUGCCAGUUGUUACAGUGUCAAAAAAGGGUUCAUGCUUUCCCGUUGAGCCCUAGUUCCUUACUGAGGAUGUAUAGAAUUGCGCCUCAUUCGCCUUAUGAUCCUUUGCAUCUAGUCCCUAAAAUGCUGAAUGAUCCAUCCCCUUCUGUACUGGAUUCUAGAGGUGCAUUUAUUGUUCAGAUACCUUCUGCAGUAUAUAUUUGGAUUGGUAAAAACUGUGAAUCUAUAAUGGAAAGGGAUGCACGAGGAGCUGUAUGUCAGAUUGUUCGGUAUGAGAAAGUGCAGGGGCCUUUAAUGAUGAUAAAGGAAGGAGAAGAACCAAGGGAUUUUUGGAACGCCUUUUCAAAUAAUUUACCUUCGAUGGACAAAUCUGGAAAUAUAGUUGGGGUGGGGGAGUCAGCAGUUAAGAUUUGCCCUGGUAAGAGGAAAGUGGAUUCUUAUAAUGUUGAUUUUGAGGUUUUCGAGAAGGCUAUAAAGGGAGGUAUUGUUCCUCCAUUUGCUUCAUCGGAGAAUGAACAUGAAACCCGCCUUCCUGCCAGAGAAAGCAGUUGGAGCAUGCUUAGAUGUAAGUUUGCCUCUGGCAUAAUGAAGGACUUUGUCUCUGCACCAAAGAUAUUGCUCUCCAGGAUGUAUUCAGAUUCCAUGAUGAUAGUUCGUUCAUCAUCACCAUCAUCAACAUCAUCCUCUUCGUCUUCCUCCCCUCUGUAUCCCUCUCCUGAUUCCAGUAGUUGUUCAACCUACUUUUCAGAGUCCUCUCUGGAUUCACCUUCAGCUGUUUCAAAUUCUUCUCAAGUUUCAUCACCUUUGCAUGGUUUUUCCGAAUUGUCUUAUGUUUCAUCACAAACUUCUUCACACCCCACGUCUAAUAGCUCAGGGUUUGUCAGUGUCAGUCUCACUUUUCAACCUCAGGCUGCAUCUUCGCCCCUAAAAAAGGUUUCAACAUCCCUUGCAGAAAGGCGAGGCAGUUUGUCAAAGUCUCUCAGGCUUCCAGUGCCAAGUGAUAAUGUACGAGAAGCAAGUGAUCGGUCAUCUUUUCUUGUCAAGCAAGUCAGGGACAGGAGAAAUGACAAUACUAGUUCAUCUUGUGAGUCUGAUAUUGAAAUUGUCUUUGAUUCCAAGCAUGGUGUGGGAAAUGGAGAGGAUGUUGUGAUUGAAGGCUCCAAUUUGAAGAUAUCUCCAUGUAGAAUAGCUAAUAUUGAUCCAGAUGAUAGGAGAUCUACUUUUGUUAGUACAUAUGAACCUCAAAAAAUUCAUUCUCCCCAGGAUGGUUUUGUUUCUGCUGUUCCAAAUAGAAUGGAGGAAAGUUUUCCAGCAUGUCCUGGUGUAAUUCAACCUUUAGUAUGGCGCUGGCCCAGUAUAGACAAGAUGACAAAAUUUAAUAGAAGUGAUCUAGAUUCAAAAUCUGCUUUUGCAAUUUUUUCUCCAGCUACAGCUGUAGGCAAAAAUGAAGAUAGGAUUCUGUAUUUUUGGAUAGGGAAGUUUUAUCAUCAUGAAAAAAACUUGAUUCAGUUAGAUAGCAGCCAGGUGCUAAGGGAUAGAGAUGAUGUUGACUGGAACCAAGUUGGUUAUGAUGUUCUAACUCAAGUGGGUCUGCCAGAGGACACCCUUGUGAAGAUUGUCAAAGAAGAAGAAGAACCAACAGAAUUUCUUGAGUUGCUGAGGACAUUUUAGCUCUGCUGCAAUUAAGGAGAAACCUACAAGCCAAUAGAUUUUAUAAAUCAUCUUCCCGUUUCUUCAAAUGGCUUAAUUUUGCUCUGGAAUUUCAGGCAUCAAGCCUAGUUCCCAUGGCAAAACCAAUGUGGUAACAGCUCUUUGGAAGGAUCCUGUGGCAAUUCAGCCUGGUUGUACAGCAUCGUUAACACAGCCGUAACUGUUAGUCAUUUGUUUCACAGACUGUUAUUGUAUAUUAAGUGUUGGUAGAAUCAUUUGUUCCAGACAAAAUAGAUAGCCUGUAAUUUCCCAUCUUUUGGGCUACUUUAUGUCUUCCAGUUUGCGCAAACUGUUCAAUUCACUACUUUCUGCAUAGGCAGGUUUUAACAGUAAUUUUUCUCUAAAUGCAAAUUCUGGAUUCAGAGCUUA